AUGAGUGAAUUCCCGGAGCAGCUCCGCAAGAUGCAAAUUCUUCAAAUGGCGGACCUAGGAACAGCUCGACGUGAAAUGAUUUCCACCGCCGACAUGAAGACUCAGGCUCGCUCACAGCUUGCUGACAUUGAAUCAAAGAGACUUGUUGAUCAGAGAGAUGAAGCCCAACUGAGCAAGUGGACUGAUUUGCACACUAAGAUCGGAGAUACUCUUGGAAUGGAGGAACUCGAUGACAUCGAUUCCGGCCAGUCCCACCGAGCUAAGUUGAACGCCAUGUUUCAUCCCAAUGGAAGCCAGCCACGAACCUACGCCAAUAACCCUUACCCAACUCCAUCAUCAGGUCGCGGUGGUGGUGUCAUGGGAAAGAGAGGACGAGGCGGUCACAUCACUCCUCCCCACACGGGACCUGCUGAUCUUCCUGGUAGUUUUGCAAGAGCCGCCUUUCGUGGAAAUUUUGGUCGCCCAGGACGCCCAGGACCACGCGGUCGCUCGACCACAAUGUCGUCCAGCAUUCACCUGGACCCUGCGUUAAACUACAACAACAACGACGACAGCGACUCUCGCGAGCGAGGAAGGGGACGUGGGCGAGGAAAAGGCAAGAGCAAGAGUAACGGCCAUGAGCAGGUCCAUGUUCCGUCUGUCCCUAGCAGACCCAAGCGGCCGCCUCCAAGUGUCAACUUUGCUGCAAGAAUCUCCGAACCGGGACAAUUUAUGUCCUUGUUUCAGUCUCGCCGGGCGACUGAAUCAUACGAGAGGUCUUGCGACACAAUUAUGUCUGCACCAAUUCAAAAGACUUUAUCUACGCAGAAGCCCAUGGCGCCCAACGAGCAAAACAUCAAAAUAACUCAAAGUGGGACACCCAAGAACAAGAUGAUGCCAUCUUGUACUGUUGCUACUGCAACCAAGAUUUCCCAGCCGCAAAUGGGACCCUAUUUAGUAGAAACACCGCCACCAACUCGUGUUCCUCUUGAUCAAACCGCUUCUUUCCAGCCCCGCAAGGCCCGGCCUGAUACAUCCAAGGCUUUUCACUCACAUAACAAACCUUCUCCCGUAGAAGGCACCACUCCACCAGCGUCGAAUUCUUUUUCUGUGCAACAAAUCGCUAAGUCUGAAUGGAGAGAAAUUAUGGCAACUUGCUCCCAGGCUCCUUAUCCAGCAGCAGUCGCAAUCGCCGCGGAUAACAUUCAAUGGAAGGUUUCGCCUGGCGAGGAGCCACGAAAAAAGGACAUGGCUCCUCUGAGCAAAGCAGUAGUCUCAUCUGAAAAUUCUAGGGCCCUGGCUGAGGCUAAGAGGACACCCGUCGCCAAUGUCAACCAAAUCAAACAGUGUGUUGCUCCUGGUAACCAGAAGGGGGAAACCAAGCAGGAAACCCGGUCUCAAGACCUUCUUAGCGAGGAUGAUUCUCCUGUCGAUGCAGCAACGAAGCCCCUUCACACUUUGGAGGCAGUAGCUAUCCAGAGUCCAGGAACUGCAGAACUGGCAGGUCUUCAGUUUACCGAGAAGGUCAAAGACUCAAUGCCAGUCAAGAGCAUUGACAAAGUCAUUGCCCCCAAAAUAACGACAAAUGCGGCCCCAGAAGCGCACGCUUGCCAUGAGCAGAGUCAAGAGCUUGGCGGUUUCGGAACCUAUGGUCCGCAGAUUAUUGAAGAGCUUCGCGACAUCCGCAAACACAUUCGUUCGCCCCAGGACUUGGCCACUACCCGUGAUGUCGAACGAAUACUUGAAACUAAACUGCUCCAGUUAGUCCCUACGGCAUAUGCACCAACACCUGCAGCACCUGCGAACUCGGAUAUAGAGAACCGGCUGGGUAAUCUGGUGGCGCUUGUGGAGUAUCUUUCCACAUCGCAGCAGGGAGCUAACGCUGCUGAAGUUCCUCCAGCUGGCCGGCGCGAUCUUACUCCCUUUGAGAGACACCGGUCACCGUCUCCGCCUUCGUCUAGUUCAAAUUCACCUCCAUCUGCUGGUAAACGCGCGCACAAGGUACGUGUGCCUGGCCUCUCACCAAGCAGGAGUGAGAGUUCCGACAUCAUUUCGCGAUUCGAAUCACUUCAGGUCUCGGACAAACUCGUUGCACCACUCCAGCCACAGCGUGUAGUCCAUGUUCCGACACUUCGUCCGCUUGAAAUCCCGAAGAAGAGCACCACCUCUGAUGUGUUUGUUCAAGUUGUUCCUGCUAUGGUGUCACGUCCAAAGGAGGCUACAAAAAAGCCACGGACUCUUAACGAUUCGAUAUUUGCAGGACCUGUAGGCCCUGUCGCUUCCAACUCUAGCAUAAUUAACCCUGAUGCGGUGCCAUUCCAGACUACGACUCAGGAGUUGAAUGCAAGCCAUCCGAAUAUUUCUAAGCAACAAGGCUUUCAGUCAACUGGCGCUCGUACAGUUGGCCCUGCGCCAUACAAACCCCGCUGUAUUGGACCUUCCCCUUCUCCCUACGAGCCCACCACCUUGCGCAAUUUAUCAGCAGCCCACGUUCGUACUAUUUCCGUCCAGCACGCUCACACUGAGAAUCGGCCGUCAUUGGAUGUUUCGAACCGUGCUUCGAGCUCCAUGAGUCAAUCCAGUGGCCCGGCAUCCCACCCAGCUCCGGCUCGACUAUUCUCGAUGCCUAACCCUGCAAGGAUUCCCCACCCCAAAACGAGGACUACUGGUUCAUCCCCUUCCAACCAAUCUCGCCGCUAG